UCUAGAGGAUUCAAUCAUUCAUAUUCAAUGGUUUUGGUUAGUGCUCCUCAUUCAUGGUGGCUGUAAUUUUUAUUAAGAUUAAAAUUUUUACCAUUUGAAAAUAAUUAAUUAAUUAAAUACCCGCAAAAAGAAUUGUAUUUGAAGAUAAAAAGGAAAACCAAAUAAAGAAACAAAAACCUGGAAGGUCCAAUCGUCGUUCGCAGGCAGAAACAUUUGUUCCGGUGAUUCAAGGCCGACUACAUAAUUUAAUUUUUUUAAUAUCUGGGAGCAAGUCAGUGAUUUAUUUAUUAUAAAUCGAAAAUGGUUUUGAUGCAAUUUGUUGUAGGUAGUAAUAUCAACAACAAAGUCUAUCAAAAACCACAGUAACGACUUUCUUUAUACCAAAUUUUAUAAAUAUAAUCGCUGCGGAUAGCGAUACUAUAUGAAAAAAGAGAUAUAAUAUUAAGUUCAUAUUGAUCUGAAUUGUCUUAAACGCCUAAGUAUGUCACGAAAAUCUUUUGAAGAAUUAGGAACAUCUCAACGAUAUAAUCGCUUACAGCAACUUCGCCAAAAUUUAAUAAAUGAUGUUGACAUUGACAUUCAAGAAUUUCAAGAAUCUCAUCUACAAGAAAAUGACAUUUUAAGGAUUACGAGUGAAGAAUCCAAUAAUUUUGGAAAUGAACAUAUCCUUUUGGAUAUGAAUGAGGAUACAGAUGCACAAGAUUAUUUCGAUGUUCGAUCCUUCGACUUGCCUAAUUAUAUCACUGCAUAUCAGCAAGAUGAAGAAUAUCAAGAAGACGAAGAUCUUCCAAAUGCAGAAGAAGAAGAUGCAAGGCAAAAUAUUGACAAAACUAAUUUAAGUAAUGACUUGCCAUUGUAUUGGGGGGCACCCUUGACAGUCAUGCAAAGCAUGCUUAUGCUUCUGGCGCUACAAGUUAAACACAACAUUAAUAUGUCAUGUCUUGAUGACAUCAUAAAAGUCGUAAAUUUACAUUGUGCGCCAGAAGGCCUUAUAAGAAAUAGUUUGUCAAAGUUCAAAAAAACGUUCGCUCUUAAUGAAAAACUAAACCAGCAUUUUUACUGCACCACCUGUCAACGAGAACUACCAUCUAAAAUGAGUGUCUGUCCAUUGUGCCCAAGGGAAGAGAAUUGUUACUUCGUUGAAAUGUCAUUAAAAGAUCAACUAUUCCAAAUGUACCAACGUGAAAAAUUCUACGAAAAAUUACAAAAUCGAAUUCAUAGAUCAACAAAUAAUGGCAACAUAUGCGACAUUUAUGAUGGAGAAAUUUAUAAAAAAUGGUUGAACCAUGGAUUUUUGAAGAAUCCUCACAAUAUUUCAUUUUCUUGGUAUACCGAUGGAGUUCCUGUAUUCAAAUCAUCCCAGACUAGUAUGUGGCCAAUAUAUUUAAGUAUAAACGAAUUACCAUUUUUAGAAAGAAAGAAAAGGGAAAAUACAUUGUUAUUAGGAUUGUGGUGUGGAAAAAAACCAUUUGCUAAUUUAUUUUUAUAUAAAAUAAAACCACAGUUGGAUGAGUUGAUCACGGGUAUAACAGUUUUUUUAAAACCAGAUGUUGAACCAAUAAUUGUUCGUGGUAUAUUAUUGAUGGGAACAGCAGAUUUAUUAGCAAAAAAUGAUUUUAUGAAUUUUAAACAGUUUAAUGGAUAUUAUGGUUGUACUAUAUGCGAUAUAAAAGGCGAGAACUUGAAAUUAGUACCACGAGGAAGACUACAUAUUUAUCCAUUUCAACAAAAUACAAAUCUGAGAACACUACAAAAUUGUUUGACAUGGGCUAAUGAAGCUACUCAAGAUAAUCCUGUUAUGGGAAUUAAAGGUCCGUCAGCCCUUUCUCUAAUAAUGCCAGACUACAUUCAAGGAAUGGCAAUCGAUCGAAUGCAUGCGGUGGAAGGUGGUGUCAUUAAAAAAAUUUUAUAUUUAUUAUUUGAUUCUUCUUGCAGAAAUUUUUGUUUUUCACUUUUUACAGAAAAACACAUAGUAAGUACUAGAUUAACAGAUCUUAAACCACCUAAAUUUGUUCAUCGAAUGCCGCGUUCGGUAACAGAUUUAGUUCAUUGGAAAGCAUCUGAAUUAAGAAUGUGGUGUUUUUAUUAUUCGAUACCAAUACUAUAUGGGAUCAUGAGACAAGAUUAUUUUGAUAAUUAUCUUUUAUUAGUAACUGCCGUUUCUUUGUUAAGUUCUGACAAUAUAAGUAAUAGUAAACUUAAUGCAGCCGAAGAUUUAAUUAAGAGUUUGAAGUUUUGUAUGGACAGAGACACUGUGCAAUUGUUAUUCAUUUAUUACUGCACUUAGUUGAAACUGUAAAAAAAUUAGGGCCUUUAUGGGCACAUACUUGCUUUGAAUACGAAAAUUUAAAUGGUCAAUUACUAAAACUUAUCCAUGGAACUAGAUGUAUUGACACUCAAGUAAUAGCUUCCCAUGACCGCUGUAUUAAAAUGGUGAAACUGGUAGAUCAACUGCCAGAAGGAGAAAUUAAAGAUUUCUGUGGUAGUAAAAAAAAACAAGUAAACAUAAAUGAACUUAUUGAAGAUAAUUGCUACAGUGUAGGGCCAUAUAAGUAUACAUCUGAAGAACUGCCAAAUGACCUAAAAAAAUUGUUUAGUGCCUUAGCAAUUGACAAAAGUGUAUCCACAUUUAAAUAUUUUCGUUUAUUGAAAAAUAAGCAACUUUACAUUUCGGAUCAGUAUUUAAGAAAUGUUCAAACAAAUUCUUCGGUUUUCCAAUUUUUGAAUGGAAAUAAUCAAUUACAAUUAGGAAAAAUUGUAUACUUUAUUAAAAUAACGAAUUGCAGUUGCUUCCGCACCUCGUGUUCAUGUUUUUGCUCUGGCAAGCAUUAUGCAGUGACUAGAAAAUUUGAAACUGAGUUUUUAUUUCAGGCAACUGGAUAUAGUCACACAGUAGAUUCCAGUUCGUUUUUACAUAAAUGUUCUAUAGAUAAUGAAACCAUGUAUUUAAUACCUGUUGCAAAUAUCCAUAAGCUGUGUGUUUUUAUGCAAGUUAAUAAUAACAUAUUUAUUGGAGUACCUGUGAAUUCUUAUGAAUUAGAGUAAA